AUGGGACCAACAAUCAUACAUUCUGUCGUCCUCUUUGACGGCACCUCGACUCAUCCCAAUGCCACAGUCACAUUUGACCCGGAGAACGGCAUUAUAACCUCCGUAUCGACAUCUUCCAUCACCAGCUCACGAUUCCCUUCAGAUGCUACGGUCAUUGACGGCGAAGGCCACACUCUUCUGCCAGGACUCAUUGAAUCGCAUAUGCACGUCCAUGGCCUCCAUCUUCCUCCUGGGGCAGAUGAGUCUGGUCUCUUACGGGCCCCUCUGAGAUGUGGUGUUACCACGGUGUGCGAUAUGCACUCCGAUCCGGCAACCGUGAUCAAGCACCGCAAGGUUAUUGCCGAGGAGCUAGCCCAGGCCAGAAAAUCCAAUGGGACGGUGACCAUGUCCGAUCUCAAAAGCUCGCUCUAUGGAGCGACAAUCGAGGGCGGAUGGCCGAAACCUAUUGUGCUGGGCCACGAUCCUACAGAAGAGCUCAAGGCAUACGUCUCAACAUGGCCAAAUGUAACGAUUGACACUGCCGAGGACUUUGUCAAGAGCCACAAAGUACAAGGUGCGGACUACAUCAAGCUCAUGCAAGAAAACUGCUGUUCCCUUGCCAUGCCCACCGGUGCUAUUCCUGUAGCCACACUUGAGCUCCAGACCGCCGUGGUAAAAGCUGGUCACGCUGCUGGUUUGCCUGUCGUUGGUCACGCACUAAGUGUCGAUAUGACCGAAGUCGUCCUCAAAGCCGGUGCAGACGGUCUGACGCACACUUUCGUUGACCAGCCUCCACCACGGAGCAUUAUCGAUCUCUACAAGCAGAACAAUGCUUUUGUCAUCCCGACUUUGACGGUGCUGGCCAGCUUGACGGACGAGCUGCAGGACUGGCGGGACAAGUUCGCCCAAAUUGCGAGCCGGAGGAAGGUCGUGGACGACUUUACCUUGCAGAACAUGAAAGAGAGCCUGAACUCGAAAGACGCGGCAGCCAAGCUUGAGUACGCAUUCGAGACUGUGAAGAAACUCAGGCAGGAAGGUAUCGAUGUUGUCGCUGGGACUGAUGCUGUGGCGGGACUGAAAGGCACUGGAAUCGGACCCAGCUUGUGGAUGGAGAUGCUGUUGUAUAUCGAGAAAUGCGGCAUGACCGUGACCGAAGCGCUGAGUUCGGCGACGGCAGUCUCUGCGAAACGAUUUGGGUUUAGUGAUCGAGGAGUCGUUGCCGAGGGCAAGAGAGCUGAUCUCGUUCUUGUGAAAGGCAAUGUCAGUGAGAAGCUGGAUGCUCUGUGGGAAGGUGAUGGUAUUGUCGGAGUGUGGAAGCAGGGUAUCAAAGCUGCUUAGGCUCCCUCGAGUGCAUCAAUAUUGAUGCGUCAUGUUCAAGAUAUCUACUUUGUUAUGAUGGUCGGGGAGAAAGUCUGAUACCUCAAAAAUGUCUACGUUGGCGACGUCGAGGAUAUGCUUCAGGCAACUUUGGACUUCUAGGCUUGGCCAAGCUUGUGCUUACCUAGAUACCUGGACGAGUACCACCUUUUUCCCAUCUG